AUGGCAAAGAUUGCCAAGACCAACAUUAAACGAUCUCGUAAAGGGUGCCUCAGUUGCAAAAAAUUACGAAUAAAAGUAUGUUGAUGCAAGAUUUCAUUUAAGGGCCUCCCUGCCACUUGCCCCUUACCCCUUCCCAGCAAGGACUAGAACUAACCAAUUUUACUCAAAGUGUACAGAGGAGAAACCCGCAUGUGAAUACUGUGUACACACAUCUAGAGAAUGCGUUUACCCCUUGUCCUGUCAAGUUCAGUCUGCGCCGGACCCUGAGCCAGUAGCAGCAGAGCUCACGGCUCUGCCUAUAAGUGAAACUGUGGACCACCAGUCUCGGUUUUCAAGCAAGGGCAGUACUAUCAGCCACACAUCGGACGCGGUGCACCCCGCCGAUGACUCCGAUCGAUCCACCGCUUCACCAACAUCUUUGGAGAGAAAAACAGACAUGCAAUCAUCAUUAACCACAGAUUCAUGCCACUUGGUGGACACUGUUGUUGUGGUUCAACCCCACCAGAGUGGACUCGAUAGUAACCAGCCUAGUGAAGUGGAUCGACUUAUGCGAAACUUGAUGCUCACCCAGGCUUCAACAUUGUUGGGGAUCCUGCGGUUUGAGCUCCGACUAUUAAAAUUCUUUGACGAGGAGUGCGCCCAGGUGUUCUCCUACGGAAUCAGCAGAGAGAUUUACGAUGCUUGGAAAUACAAAGUGCCGCCGUUGUUUCUUGAAAGCUCGUUGGUGAGACAGCUGAUUUUUUCAUUUGCGGCCUUGGGGCUAAGCACCAGAGUCGACUUGAGAUCGCUCCAAAAGAGCGACAAUGGGAUUAACCAUUGGGUUUGGGAGAAAAUCGCACCCAAGAAAUUUUCAAAUUUAAAGUCAAGCUUACCUGUGAGUUUAUACGAUGCCUAUGCUGACAAUGGCAAAUGUCUCUACGUGAAAACGACAAACUAUUUCUUGCAAGCAUUGUCCAAGUCGAGACAAAAGCUCAGUGAGGCAACAUCAUUGGUGGAGAGGGAUCUUGCAGCCAUGGGUUCGUUUGAAAACCCCGUGGUGGCCAAAGAACUCGUGGUGUCAAGUAUCUUGAUGUUUACCUUUUUAGGCACCCAACCCCACGGCUUGAUAAAAUUGAUCAGCUUUGACGAAAGCGAGUCGGACUUUAUAUCGAUAGCAGCAGGCUGUCGAGAUACAAUUGCCAACUACAGCAACGCGGUGCUACAAUCCGACCUGCGCGGGUUUCUCUAUUUCAAAGUCGAAGAAGAUCAGCUUGAAAUCUCAUUAAAGGAGUGCGAGUAUCCCGUGAUUAUGGAUUUGGUGCAUCAUUUGAACGACUCAAUGGGUACAGAGAUAAGUGGAGAAUCGUCGCAUAUCACGAGCACAUUGCAAACAGCAAUUGCAUCCAUGGCGAGAGCACUAGUUGCGUGUCUGCAUUUCAAAAUGCCCAUCCCCGUGUUUCGUUUUAUCAUGAUCCUCAGUGACGAUAUGAAGCACUUGCUACAUAGCAAACACGCUUAUGCACUGAGGAUUCUAUACGUGUACUCUUGCCUAUGCUCGAUAGCAAGACUUCAAAUGUUUGAAGACCAUAACAUCUGGAGGGACUACAUCUUGUGGUAUCAGGGAGAAGCCGUGGCCCAGAACUGGGCAUGGUAUCAAAUGGAUGAAGCGUUGUACGUUUUGGUCAUCAAGAAGCAUUUCCAAUUUUUGGACUUUGCCAAUUUUGCAAUGAUCGAUCCUGUCGCGCUUCGUGAUUGUGACAUUGACGAGGAUGGCGAGCUUGUUCACGGGUAUGAAAAGCGCACAUCUAUACAGCCGUAA